AUGACAGCGGCAACGAAUUUAUCGAAAGCAAAUGUUUAUGAAAAGGCGUCGCUCUUUUCUGCGCAUUGGACUCCAAAGAUCAUCGGCGAACUUAAUGGUCAACAUGUGAAAUUGGCGAAGUUACUCGGAGAAUUCGGCUGGCAUUCGCAUAAAGAUGAAGACGAACUUUUUCUUGUCCUUAAAGGAGAAGUUAUCAUACAAUUGCGAAAUAAUCAAAAUGGAGACAUUCAUCUUAAAGAAGGCGAUAUGUUUAUCGUUCCAAAGGGUGUUGAACACAAUCCAAAGGCGGAAAAUGGUGAAUGUACGGUGAUGUUAUUUGAACCGGCAUCGACUGUCAAUACCGGCGGCGAAAGAAAUGAUAAAACGCAAUUAGAUUUACAACGAAUUUGA